ACUGACGGAUCCCAUUCCCACCACGGAGACUUCAAUUGCCCCCCGCCAGAGGCCUAAAGCUGGGCAGACUCAGCCGAACCCAGGAAUCCUUCCCAUCCAACCAGCCCUGACGCCUCGGAAGAGGGCCACAGUUCAGCCCCUACCUCAGGCUGCAGGACCCGGCAAUCCGCCUGGCCUUUUAGCCAGUGUUCCCCAACCAAAGGCCCAGCCUUCACCCAGCCAGCCUCUGCCACAGCCUCAGGCCAAGCAACCACAGGCCCCGCCCACCCUGCAGCAGGCACCUCCCACUCAGGCCCAGGGGCUGCCCACUCAGGCCCAGGGGCUGCCCGCUCAGGCCCAGGCCACACCCCAGCACCAGCAGCAACUCUUCCUCAAGCAACAGCAGCAGCAGCAGCCACAUCCGCAGCAGCCGCAGCCACCGCCACAGCAGCCGCAGCCACCGCCACCACAGCAGCCGGCAGGCACGUUCUACCAGCAGCAGCCCCAGCAGGCCCAGACUCAGCAGUUUCAGGCAGUACAUCCAGCAGCCCAGCCACCAGCGAUUGCUCAGUUCCCUGUGGUAUCGCAAGGAGGCUCUCAGCAGCAGCUGAUGCAGAACUUCUACCAGCAGCAGCAGCAGCAGCAGCAGCAGCAGCAGCAACAGCAGCAGCUGGCCACAGCCCUGCAUCCACAACAGCUGAUGACUCAGCAGGCUGCCUUGCAGCAAAAGCCUGCCCUGACAGCAGUACAGCAGUCCCAGGCACAGUCUGCUGCAACCCCACAGCCAGCCCCUGCUCAGGAACCAGCAAUUCAAGCCCCAGUAAGACAACAGCCAAAGGUUCAGACAACCUCACCUCCCGCCAGCCAGGGGCAGAAACUUGGAUCUCUCACUCCUCCUUCAUCCCCCAAAACCCAACGUGCUGGACAUAGGCGGAUUCUCAGUGAUGUGACCCACAGUGCAGUCUUUGGGGUCCCUGCCAGCAAAUCAACCCAGCUGCUCCAGGCAGCUGCAGCUGAGGCCAGUCUCAAUAAGUCCAAGUCUGCCACCACCACUCCAUCAGGCUCUCCUCGGACCUCCCAGCAAAACGUUUAUAAUCCUUCGGAAGGUUCUACGUGGAAUCCCUUCGAUGAUGACAAUUUCUCCAAACUCACAGCUGAAGAACUGCUAAAUAAAGAUUUCGCCAAGCUAGGGGAAGGCAAACAUCCUGAGAAGCUUGGAGGCUCAGCCGAGAGUUUGAUCCCAGGCUUUCAGUCAACCCAAGGUGAUGCUUUUGCCACGACCUCAUUUCCUGCUGGAACCGCUGAAAAAAGGAAGGGUGGGCAGACUGUGGACUCUGGCCUCCCGCUUCUAAGCGUAUCUGACCCUUUCAUUCCUCUCCAAGUACCUGAUGUACCAGAAAAACUCAUUGAGGGACUAAAAUCUCCUGACACUUCUCUUCUGCUCCCUGACCUCUUGCCUAUGACUGAUCCUUUUGGUAGCACUUCCGACGCUGUAAUUGAAAAAUCUGAUGUUGCUGUUGAGAGUCUCAUACCAGGACUGGAGCCCCCAGUUCCCCAGCGCCUUCCAUCUCAGACGGAGUCUGUGACCUCGAACCGCACAGAUUCUCUCACCGGGGAAGAUUCCCUGCUUGAUUGCUCUCUGCUUUCUAACCCUACUACUGACCUUCUGGAAGAGUUUGCCCCCAUAGCAAUCUCUGCUCCAGCCCAUAAAGCUGCAGAAGAUAGUAAUCUCAUCUCAGGUUUUGAUGUCCCUGAGGGCUCGGACAAGGUGGCGGAAGAUGAGUUUGACCCUAUUCCUGUAUUGAUAACCAAAAACUCACAAGGUGGGCACUCUAGAAACAGCAGUGGGAGCUCUGAGUCCAGUCUUCCCAACCUAGCCAGGUCUUUACUGCUGGUGGAUCAGCUCAUAGACCUGUAGCCGUGACCCAGUAGCAGAUGCAGUUCUGUAACCUUCAUACCGUAAUACAAGUUUUCAUUACGGAGUUAUGAGAAAAAUGAUUUUUUAAAAAAAUCUGCAAACAAGGGGCCCUCCAGCCCUUUUUUCCUACCCCUUGCCUUCUCCUGUAGAAAUGAUAAGGAAAGAAAAUCACUUUGGCCCUCCAUAUAUUCCUUGGCCAGUGCCUCCCUGUUAGUUUGCUGUAUUUUCUCAUUAUCCUUCUUCAAUAGCAUUAUCUUAAAUCAAGCACUAGAUGCCAUGAGCUUCACCUCUGCUGGAAUCGACUCCACCCAAAGCUUAAUUGUAACUGAAACUAGUGAAUUGACACCUUUGUCUCAUUCUUGCUAGGAAUGGCCUCCCAAAUCAAUCUUCCCAAUCCCUGUCUCCUUUGGCCAGAUGCUGAUGAAUGUGUUUCCCUAUUUUUGCUUUUUAUCCUGAUGCAUUAUCAUGAGGACAUGGCUUCUUCAGUUGGUCUUAACUCUAGGCAGCAGCCUGGAGAUGGGUGUGUGGUUUAAGAGAGGGUGAAACUAACUGACUGAUAGUACAUGUUUGAGAAGAGAAAUUGAGCCCAGCUCUAGCCAACAACUUCGACCUUGUUUGAUCAUUGACUUAGCCAAGGGAUUUUACACCCCAUGCAACCUGCCCAGCAUUUGUCCAGCUUUCUGGCAUCCAUUGAACCGUGAUUUCUCAGAUCUGGAGACGUGACUGCAAGUACUUGAGAUCCUUGGAUAAAAUGUAUAUGUUAUAUAAAGCCCAAGUGUUACCAUUCCUUUUUAUGUUUACUGCCCCAAGCUGGGAUCUCAGAAUUAGACCAAAACAAGACAAUGGUGGUAAUAUGAUACCUUUUAUUAGAAUACUUUUAACUGGGGGAGGGGGGGAGAAUGGGGAAGGGGAAGGAAUUGUAGCAGAAACAGAUGUAUUUUUCUUGUGAUUUUUAUUUUGAAUCAAAUAUUGUAAAUUGUGUAUAAAUGAAGAUGCUGAAUAGUUCUGUUUCCACUUGGCGUUUCAAGUCCGAUAUCAGGUGUCUGUACAGGGUUUUGAUCUCUUUCCCUUGUAUAACUACACAGCAAUCCUACAGUGUAACAUAUGGAGUCAUUUUGAGUAGACUUGUGUGUUGCUAUAAGCUUUCAGCAGGUCCUCUGUCUCUAGAAUAAGCAUGUUGUUUAUUUCCAGAUAAUCAGAAAUAAAUGUGCUGACAAACUGGGCACAAUUUGACUGUGCCCAGCUUACCUUUCUUUCUCUCUGAUGUUUAAAUUGAAGGCUGCAGCCAAUGGAAUAUGUUCAGUUGGUUUUCCUUGGCUUCCUAGAUUUAAAACAACAACAACAACAACAACAAAGCAUAGUUAUCCAUUAACCUUAGAAUAUUGUUUAUAAGAUAAAUAAAGGUCCCUGCACUGACAUGACAGUACGACUCAUGGUCACCUUCUGUAUAUGUACUUACUCAUUAAAGUGUAUUUUUUUUCCUUAUGUGGAAAGCACUUUUCUGAAAUCACCCUUCUGAAAAGAGGCGGGCACAGAGAACCCCACUGUUCUCUGCCUCUUGUGCCAUUGUCCAUGAUCAAAAGGGAAACUCUUAGUUGAUCAGGAUUUGUACAAAUAAAAUUCCGAGUCCAUUUGCUUGUUU